AUGGUUGAUGCCAGUUCGUUUACUGGUAUUGGUAUUGAAUCCGAUCUUGCUGAACACUUGAGCAACAAAUUAAAUGUGACAACACCUACAAAUGUACAAGCUAAGGCGAUUCCUAUUCUUUUAGGUCCUGCUUCUAACCAGCAUAAAGAAGACGUUGAUGUUGUUGUACAAGCACAAACAGGCUCUGGUAAAACAUUAACUUAUUUACUACCUAUCGUCAAUCGUUUGAUUGCUGCAUCGACAGCACCUAAAGAUGCUAUAAAACAACAAGAACAGCCAUUUGGCGAUCGUACAGUUGGCACUGUGGCCAUUAUUUUAACACCUACUCGAGAAUUAGCUCAACAAGUAUUGGGUGUCUUGACAACACUUGUCAACUUACCUCGUCCUAAGGAUGAAAACUUGCGUCGACUGCAUUGGAUUGUGCCUGGUAUUGUCAUUGGUGGUGAUUCAAAAGCAAAAGAAAAGGCACGACUGAGAAAAGGCAUCAAUGUACUUGUCAGCACACCGGGUCGUCUUUUAGAUCAUUUAGAAAACACCAAGAGUUUUGAUAUUAGCCAUCUUAAAUGGCUUGUGUUGGAUGAAGCAGAUCGAUUGUUGGAUUUGGGUUUUGAAGAAUCGCUCAAGAAGAUCAUGAGCAUCAUUGAUCAGCGUACCAAAUCAGAAGGAUCAAGUAAAUUCAAGCAGUUGAUGGGUAAUAAGUAUUGGCCCACGAAAAGACAGACUGUGCUAUGUUCAGCUACAUUAAGAGACGACGUAAAAGAAUUGGCGGGCUGGUCUCUCGUCAAACCUGCCUUUGUCAGUGGUACAGAUGCUAAGCAAGAUGCUUCCAAGAUGUUUGAAAGAAAUGAGGAUGAAGAGAUGAAAUUCAGUACACCUAAUCAGUUGAAGCAAACGCAUAUCAUUAUACCUGCUAAAUUGCGCUUGAUUACCUUGCUCGCUUUACUUCGAUCCUGCUUUUAUGAUAGACAACAAAGAAAGAGUCUAAACAGUAAAGUCAUUGUCUUUUUCUCUUGUUGUGACUCGGUUGAUUUUCAUUAUGAUCUGUUUUCCAAUGCAGGCAAACCUAUUCUUGAUGAAGACUCGGAUGAUGACGAACAGGAUGAAUCUAAAAUCAUGAAGAAUGCACUUAGCAAGAUUGUUGGAAAGCAGAAAGCGGUUAGAAAGAACAAAAAGACAGAGGAAAAAAGCAAAGAACCAGAGCCUGUGAGCCAAAUCAGUACAUUGUUGUUAGACAAGCUCGUCUUCCGUCUUCACGGUGACUUGAAUCAACAAGUGCGUUCUCAGACAUUUGCUGAAUUCAGCAAAGCCAAGGCAGGUGUUUUGUUCUGUACAGAUGUUGCUGCUCGUGGUUUGGAUUUACCCAAUGUAGAUCGUAUUGUGCAAUAUGAUGUCCCUACAGAUCUGAAGGAUUAUGUGCAUCGUGUAGGUCGUACUGCUCGUCUUGGUAAAGCUGGUGAGGCUACUUUGUUCUUGUUACCCAGCGAAAUGGAAUAUCUUGAUAUUCUCAAGGCUCAAGAUUUACUACCUGAUCCAAUCUCAAUGGAGACAAUUCUCAAACACCUUGCUAAUCAAGGUGAUUAUCAGAUGCCUGCUCAAGAGCUACAAAAUACCAUGGAAAAUUACGUCCUAUCUGACGAAAGCCAUAUUGAAUUGGCCCGUAAAGCAUUCUGGUCUACAUGUCGUGCUUAUGCCACACAUCCUGCCUCUGAAAAACAUAUUUUCCAUGUUAAGCGACUUCAUUUAGGUCACUUAGCUAAAUCGUUUGCUUUAAGAGAAGCGCCCUCUAAUAUUCAUGAGAAAUCUAAAGGCAAAAAGAAGAAGGAAGCAAGAAAUGAACGUAUGCCUGGUCUUAAAAAGUUUGAAGGCAAAGAGAAGCCUACAGGUCCUAGAAAGAACAAUAACAAUCCUCUUAAAAGAAACUUUGAUCAUGCUAGCGAAUUUGCUAUUGCCAGUGCUUCCACAAUGAUGGAAGGUCCUACGACAAAGAAAAAGAAAAAGAACAACAAUAAGAAAUAA